CAGCUUUACAACAGCUACCAUGCAACUGAUACAUCUGGAAGCUGUGGUCAUACUUGGGAUUGUGAUUCCUCAGAUUUCCAGCAUCAGCAAUUCAUCUCCACCUUCUGACUGUUUGGCUGCUGUGUACACCUGCAUGUCAAAUCUAUGCAAGUGGAGUGAAGAGGCAUUUUACGACGGUGUCUGUGAGGAUGAAGGGUGCAAAAUAAAAGGCUCAGAGGUCUGUAACUUGACCAUCCAGACUGUACUGGACCAAUUUCCCUCUUUGCACGGGUGUGUGUGUGCCUGGGAGGAGGAGCUUUGUGACUCUAUACAAGUGCUGGCCACACAAUGCCACCAAAAGCCAGCUGCUCAGCAGAGGAGGAGCUCAGUGAUGGACUGGCAGUCAAGCAGUUUAAUAGGCAAUGUAUACAAUAAUUCGGCAUCCUGCUUCGACCAAAUGGGAAUUUGUGUCAGUGAUGCAGUGUGCAAUAAGUACCUAGCACCUGUCCUUCAGGCAUGCACGGUACAGUGCGACCGUGACCGCUGUCAGCCAGUGACUCAGCAGUUCUAUGGCAACAUGCCGCACAAUGUUGCAGAGAUGCUGGUCAUGUGCGAGUGUGAGACUUCAGAUCACACCUGCCUGGAAAUGACAACUGCUCUGCACAGCGGUACUUGUGGAGGCCAGACCUGGAUCUGCCAGGAUACAGUAAACCAGUGUGUUGAGGACAGUAACUGCAGAGACCUAUUGAAAACCUUCCGAGCGAAAUGCUGGAGCCCUGAAGACUCCCAAUGCAGCCACAGUGACCUCCAAAAGGAUGAAUGUAUCUCCCAGAUGGAUCCAGCUCUCAUCCGUGGUGCAGAUCCUGAAUGUAAAAUUGCCUUCUUGGCCACUUUGGGCACACCACUGCACUAUCCUUGUGCAUGCGAAGGAAUGCGCAAUGAUGAUCUACUGUCAUGCAACAUGAUUCAUGAUGUGCUUCAUAAUAGAUCACACUUCAUGACACCUUGGAAAAGCAGCAGUGGUCCCACUAAACCUCCUGAAAUCGAUGAAUCUGAGCAAGGUCCCACAUGGUCACGUGAUUAUCUGGUGUAUGCUUUUGCCACAGUGCUACUUGUUGGAGUCGUUAUAAUAAUAAUGCCUCUGGCUGUUGCCAGUAAAAUAUGGAUGUUGACAAGAAAAGGCAAAACUAAAUUUCACCAUCCGCAGAAAAGUGACUGUGUUCUCUGAUGCUCGUUCAUCUGUUAGAUAAUACAGAAAUGAUUAUACACAGAUACUUCAUCACGGUAGCAUUGUGA